AUGUCAAUCAGACAAUCAACGGACACACAUUUCACAAUGGAUAAUUCUAAAAAUAAUGAUAACGAUAAAAGUCAAAACGAAAUUUCGCAAAAUCGUUCAAUAAACAACACAAAUACCCUCGAGCGAAUUGCUCGGCUAACAACACAAAUUACAAACAAACCAUUCGAAAAUAAUCUAUUUAAUGGUACAAACUUUAAUAACCUUAAUAAUAACAACAAUGUUGAAUCAUUAAUUUUACCAUCCGGGUGUUUUGAAACUUCGUCUUUUCCUUAUAAUGGUUUCACUUAA